AUGAGUGGCUCCAAGCCCGACAUUCUCUGGGCCCCGCACCACGUUGACCGUUUCGUGGUGUGUGACUCGGAGUUAAGCCUGUACCACAUCGAGUCGGCGGUGAGCUCGGAGCUGAAGGCGGGCUCCCUGCGCCUCUCGGAGGAGACCACGGCGACGCUGCUCUCCAUCAACUCGGACACGCCGUACAUGAAAUGCGUGGCCUGGUACCCCAAGUACGACCCUGAGUGCCUUCUCGCCGUCGGCCAGGCCAACGGGCGCGUGGUGCUUACGAGCCUCGGCCAAGACCACAACUCGAAAUCGAAAGAUCUGAUAGGCAAGGAGUUUGUGCCCAAGCACGCGCGGCAGUGCAAUACCCUGGCGUGGAACCCCCUGGACAGCAACUGGCUCGCUGCCGGGCUGGAUAAGCACCGCGCCGACUUCUCGGUGCUCAUCUGGGACAUCAGCAGCAAAUAUGCCACUGAGACUGCGGUUGCCACGGAGAAGGUGAGGCUUUCAGCAGGGGACCUGGAGGGUGGCCUUGUGGUGACCAAGCCGCUGUACGAGCUGGGCCAGAACGACGCUUGCCUCUCUCUCUGUUGGCUUCCGCGGGAUCAGAAGCUUCUGUUAGCUGGAAUGCACCGAAAUCUUGCUAUUUUUGACCUAAGGAACACAAGCCAAAAAAUAUUUGUGAACACCAAGGCUGUUCAGGGGGUGACUGUUGAUCCCUAUUUCCAUGAUCGGGUAGCUUCUUUUUAUGAAGGCCAGGUUGCCAUAUGGGAUUUAAGAAAGUUUGAGAAGCCUGUGCUGACCUUGACAGAGCAACCAAAACCUCUAACAAAAGUAGCCUGGUGUCCAACAAGAACUGGCCUGUUGGCUACUUUAACAAGAGAUAGCAACAUCAUCAGGCUGUAUGACAUGCAGCAUACUCCUACGCCCAUUGGGGAUGAAACGGAGCCUACCAUAAUUGAAAGGAGUGUCCAGCCUUGUGAAAACUACAUUGCUUCCUUCGCCUGGCAUCCCACGAGUCAGAAUCGCAUGGUGGUGGUGACUCCCAACAGGACCAUGUCUGACUUCACCGUUUUCGAGAGGAUUUCUCUCGCGUGGAGCCCGGUGACGUCCUUAAUGUGGGCUUGUGGGCGACACUUGUAUGAAUGUACAGAAGAAGGGAAGGCCAGUUCCUUGGAAAAAGACAUCGCUACCAAAAUGCGACUCAGAGCUCUGUCAAGGUACGGUCUUGAUACUGAACAGGUUUGGAGAAACCACCUGCUAGCUGGAAAUGAGGAUCCUCAGCUGAAAUCACUUUGGUACACUCUGCAUUUUAUGAAGCAGUAUACUGAAGAUAUGGAUCAAAAACUUACAGGAAACAAAGGUCCCUUAGUUUAUGCUGGCAUUAAGUCAAUUGUGAAGUCAUCUUUGGGAACAACAGAGAACCUCAGACACAGCAGAAGUGGAUCUGAUAGACAGGCAGAUAUUAUUCAGUAUCUCAGUGAGGAGAGAUCCUUGGCUUUGCAGCUCUGUGGGUGGAUCAAGAAGGGAACAGACUUAGAUGUGGAACCAUUUUUGAAUUCUUUGGAACAAGAAGGAGACUGGGAGCGUGCUGCUGCUGUAGCACUUUUCAACUUAGACAUACGGCGAGCAAUACAAAUCCUAAAUAAAGGUGCUUCCUCAGGAAAAGGUGAUCUGAACCUUAAUGUAGUAGCAAUGGCUCUAUCAGGCUACACAGACGAGAAGAACUCACUUUGGAGAGAAAUGUGCAGCAGUCUGAGACUGCAGCUGAACAAUCCCUACUUGUGUGCCAUGUUUGCUUUCCUGACAAGUGAGUCAGGUUCAUAUGAUGGUGUUUUGUAUGAAAACAACGUAGCUGUGCGGGACAGAGUGGCAUUUGCCUGCAAGUUCCUCAGCGAUGCCCAGCUGAAUAGGUUUAUUGAAAAGCUGACGAAUGAAAUGAAAGAUGCUGGGAAUUUGGAGGGAAUACUGCUAACGGGGCUGACAAAAGAUGGAGUGGACUUGAUGGAAAGUUAUGUUGAUAGAACUGGAGAUGUCCAGACCGCAAGCUAUUGCAUGCUGCAGGGUUCUCCGUCAGAUGUACUCAAGGAUGAGAGGGUUCAGUAUUGGAUUGAGAACUACAGGAAUCUCUUGGAUGCUUGGAGAUUUUGGCAUAAACGUGCAGAAUUUGAUAUACAUAGGAGUAAGCUGGAUCCCAGUUCAAAACCCUUAGCCCAGGUGUUUGUGAGUUGCAAUUUCUGUGGGAAGUCCAUUUCUUACAGCUGUUCAGCUAUCCCUCACCAGGGACGAGGCUUUAGCCAGUACGGAGUGAGCGGUUCCCCAACCAAGUCCAAGGUUACCAGCUGUCCUGGCUGCCGCAAGCCCCUUCCUCGCUGCGCUCUCUGCCUGAUAAACAUGGGAACACCCGUCUCCAGCUGCCCAGGAGGGUCCAAGUCUGAUGAAAAAGUGGAUCUCAGCAAAGACAAGAAGUUAGCCCAGUUCAACAACUGGUUUACCUGGUGCCACAACUGCAGACAUGGUGGACAUGCUGGGCAUAUGCUCAGCUGGUUCAGGGACCAUACUGAGUGCCCAGUUUCUGCCUGCUCGUGUAAGUGUAUGCAGCUGGAUACAACAGGGAAUCUCAUUCCAGCAGAGACUGUUCAAGCAUAAAUAUUAAGUUUGCAAAUAUGGGGUGCUCUGAUGGAUUUCCGUAACAGUCCAA